AUGCCCCGACUAUGCAGCCUCCUCGCUUGGAUGGUCACUUUGACCUCCGCUACCUCCACCGACUGGACAACCAUCCGCUGCCCACCACCAGGCUCCGGCAUCAACACCUUACCAACACCAACCUACGGCGAUGAGCCUGGCGUGUUCAUAGUCUGCACGGAAACGCACAUCAACGCCCCCGCGUCCGCAAUAUACAACGCCCUGCUUGACUUUCAGGCCUAUUCGACCUGGAGCAGCUUCGUCAUCGACAUCGACCCCGCAACCCCGCUGGAAGACGUGCAACUCGGCCUGACGAUGCGCUUCACCACGCAGGGGAUCGUGCCAGGCGUCAACACGACCAGCAUCGAGAUCGUUACCGCGAUGGAGGACAGGUGGGGUGACGGUUAUAUGCUGGCGGCUUGGCGGUCGGACGACGAGAUGGGAGGGACAGUGCUGAGGGCGGAACAUCCGACGCUGAUGCUUGAUGGUGGGGACGGGACGGUGAUUGCCAUCUCGUGGGAGAUAUACUAUGCGGGACCGGGAAUUCCGGCGUUGCUGCCGUUGAAGGAGAACAUACAAAACAUGUUUGAGCAGCAAGGGUUAGAUUUAAAAGCGUAUGUAGAGGGGAAGGUGGAAAGGGCUUGA